AGAAACUGCGGUGAGGUGCGUGGGACAGGGUAGCUUCGGCAGGGGACUUGGGCAAUCGGAGCAGGGGUUUUUCUGGGUGGGGCGUGAGUCCAGGUGGGCAGGCAUAGAGGCUCCAUGGUGCGAGAGGGGGUUCAGGUAGACGAAGGUCACGUCCCCGCAUCCAGCACUGUGCUGGGAGGCAGAACACGUCCGUGUCACAUGAAAGGCAGCACUUUCCAGAGCCUGACACACCUGGAUUCAGCGUCAUCCAGCUGUGUGACCCGGGGCUGACCACGGCAUCACUCUGAGCCGCAAGUUCUUCCUUUAUGAGAUAAUAAUGACAACGCUCUUCACAGAGUAGUUCUGGGGGUCCAGCUUAUUGAGGGCUCUGCAGCCUCCACACAGUGCUCCGGGGUUCUCGGGGACAGCACGGGCCUUGAGCUCAGGCGGCUUCGGGUCGUGCAGGUUGCUGACCGCGUGACCUUGGCCGGGUCUUACCUUUCAGUGCCUCAGUUCAGCCACAUGAGGAUUCCCAUCUGUGAAAGGCGCCAGUGGCUGCAGGAGGCCAUGUCGGCCGCCUUCCGAGGUCAGCGGGAAGAGGUCGAGCAGAUGAAGCACUGCCUCCGGGUGCUGUCCCAGCCCACGCCCCCCUCUGCCAACGAGGCCGAGCUGGCCUCCGACCAGCAGGAGCGCGAGGGCGCCCUGGAGCUGCUGGCGGACCUGUGUGAAAACAUGGACAAUGCUGCAGACUUCUGCCAGCUGUCGGGCAUGCACCUGCUGGUGGGCCGCUACCUGGAGGCGGGACCAGCAGGGCUGCGGUGGCGCGCAGCACAGCUGAUCGGCACGUGCAGCCAGAACGUGGCCGCCAUCCAGGAGCAGGUGCUGGGCCUCGGCGCCCUGCGCAAGCUGCUACGGCUGCUGGACCGGGACGCCUGUGACUUGGUGCGCGUCAAGGCCCUCUUCGCCAUCUCCUGCCUGGUCCGGGAGCAGGAGGCGGGGCUGCUGCAGUUCCUCCGCCUGGACGGCUUCUCGGUGCUGAUGCGGGCCAUGCAGCAGCAGGUGCAGAAGCUCCAGGUCAAGUCGGCCUUCCUGCUGCAGAACCUGUUGCUGGGCCACCCCGAACACAAAGGGACACUGUGCUCCAUGGGGAUGGUGCAGCAGCUGGUGGCCCUCGUGCGGACAGAACAUAGCCCCUUCCACGAGCACGUGCUGGGAGCCCUGUGCAGCCUGGUGACAGACUUCCCCCAGGGCGUGCGGGAGUGCCGGGAGCCCGAGCUGGGCCUGGAGGAGCUGCUCCGCCACCGCUGCCAGCUCCUGCAGCAGCACGAGGAGUACCAGGAGGAGCUGGAGUUCUGCGAGAAGCUCCUGCAGACCUGCUUCUCCAGCCCGACGGACGACAGCAUGGACCGGUGAAACCGGUGCGCCUCCGCCCUGUGGGAACCCCAGGCCCGUGCCAGCCCCACCCCGAGGUCCCCUCCCGGAGGGCCGGCGGGCCCAGACGCCUCUCUGGCCUCCGCCGGCCCCCUGGAGGGGCUGGCCAAGGCUUAGGCUCCGCGACCCCACUUCUCGCGCGCUCGCGCUCGCACCCCGCGCCCCCUGCCUACACUCCCAGGAUAGGUGCCCCGCCCCUCCCGGCUGCCCUGUCGCCUCCUGGGGAGGGUCGGGCGGGGGCGGAACCGGGAACAAUAAAGUGUGACUGCGCCU